AUGAGCGAUCAAGUUAAAAUAUCAGGAACACUGAUGGAACGACAAAAAGCGCUUGAAAAAUCGCAACAAAGCUGGAAAAACAGCCAACAAAAGGCAAAUAUCGUUCCACAAAACAAAUUGUCUGACAGACUCGCUGGUCUUCAGAAAAAUGCAACUUGGCAGAAAAAAUCUUCAUCUGAUCCCCUUCCCGUGUCAUCUGGAAAACUCUCAGAUCGACUCGCCCAAUGCCAGGAGAAUGCGAAAUACAAAGAAAAGAAGAUGGAGGUACAGAGUGCGGGCAAUUUGAAUAAAAAGCUUGACUUGCUAAAUGCGGCGGAAAGCAAUUGGAAGAAAAAGGUCGAACAUAAAGAUCAUCAAAGCUUGUCGACUUCCGCAAAGGCACAAAAAUCCGGAAACAAAUUCUCCAAAACCCCGUCUCGAACAACCUCUCUACCAGUCAAAUCCGUCAUCAAGCCGCAAACCAUCAAGUUAUCCAAAAACUCCGAGGCGCGUUCAAAAUCAUUGUCAGAGGACAUUUCCGACCUUGAAAAGCUGGCAACACGAAAGGGAGAAGAUUCCGUCUCGCUGAAAGUAACAAGAAAUCAGAAAAUUCCGAAGUUCGACGAAAGCAUUCUUGAUGAAAUUCUCUCGCCUUCGUUCAAAGAAAAUGUUCAACCGGCGAAGGAUGCGGAGGACUUUUCUUUCAUUCCUCAAUCACCUCCUCCGAAAAUCACCCGGCUUUCAAAGCCAAGAAGAAAGCGCCCCGCUCGGGAGCAAAACCGCAAUCCUCUGAGAUCCGCGCCGAUUGGAGAGGAUAACUACACGGAAGAAAAGACUAAUUUGUCGGAGAAAAUGUCCGGGAAGGUCUUUACGAAUUCCGCCCUUGCUGGUUUAGCGGCGAAAGAAGACAUCAACGCCGUCAAAUUGAAAUCCAAAAAUGAUCGGUUACUCGCUGAUGAUUCGCCAUACAAACACCCGAUGCUGAUAAAACUCAAGGGGAGAAAGCGAGCUUUUCCGUUUGUCGUUCCUUGCUCGAUCUCAUCCCUCACCAAUGAUGACUCAUUCAUCCUCAUCACUCAAAGUACCGUCUUCGUUUUCCUUUCCGAGUUCUCCAACAUCGUAGAAAAAGCAAAAGCGAAAGAUUUUGCCCGGUUUGUUUGCCAGACAUCAGAUUUGGGCACGAAAAAUCCAGUUUACAAGCUUGUCAGUGCAAAAACCAACGAGUUCUGGAAAAUCCUCGGUGGAAAAAUGGAAGACAUAGAAGAGGUCAAAUACGACCCAGAUAUGGCAGAUGAUGAUUUUGAGGCAGAGUGCUUUUCGAAUUCAAGAGUUUGGGAAGUGAUAAAAGCUGAAAAUGAAGAUUCAGCGAUGCUUAAACCGGUUGAAAACCAAUGGGGAAGAAGUCCGAGCCAAAAGGACCUGGAGAGCGAAAAGAUCUUCGUCUUCGAAUUUGGUGCCGAAAUUUACACCUGGAUCGGGGCAAAAGCUCAGUAUCGACUUAGAACAAAGGCGAAAGAGCUUGUCAAUUAUCUGAUCGCUAAUUAUUACGGUGAAUCUGAUCUAGAAUCGAUGAUCAUUGGCCGAGUUACCGAACAUAGGGAGACCUCGUUGUUCUCCGAAAAAUUCGUCGACUGGAUUCGACCGAACCAAGAAAAUGUCCUUUUACCUAUCGCAGAACGAAACAAACUCAACAUUCAAAUCAUCGACUACAAACCCGUGACCCCAGAUCUCGACACAGAAACUCCCGACUAUCCCCUGACCGAAGGGAAAUUCAACGUCUCCGGCGGAGAUGGCGAAAUCGUCGGCGAUGAUGGACGAAUCAUGAAAAUUUCAACGAUCAGUUAUGAAAAACUCACCCCGAUGAAUGGAAAAUUAAAGACGAUCAGCAAGAGUACUUUGACUUCUGAAGAUGUUGUUCUCGUAAUAUGGAAGUUUUCAAUCGCUGGGACGGGCAAAUGGUUUGGAAAACAAAUGAAGAGCGUGAGAAAUCAGCAAGAUCUGCCAAAGGGAAGCCAAAAGGAAGUACUGUUCCUCUGGGGCGGAACUGAAGCAUCGGAACUCCUGCUUGGAGAAGCUGCUCUUCUUGCGCAGGAUUUGGGACUCGGAGUGACUCACAAUCUCAAGCCGGGGAUGGAACCGAAGGCGUUUUUGAAAGCUUGGAGUGGAAGACUAACGAUUGAGAAAUCAGCAAACUCUGGCGACAAAUUAUACACGAACUGUGAUUCCUUGACUAUGGAGGUCACUUGCGACAAGGAAUCAGUGAGACACGGAAUGAACUUCUUCUACCGAAAAGAAGGAGGGAGAAGAGUUCAAAUGGGAAGUGGUGGGCCAAGCUGGUUCUCGGAAACGCCGAAAGAGCCUGUUGAAAAAGUUGAAAAAUUAUGGUCAGCGGAGAAUUUCAAAGAUCGAAUUGUUGCGAUUGAGCUGCCCUCAAGAAAAAUCUGGAAGAACUACCCAUACGAGCUUUCUCAACUUACAUCCCUCAGCCUCUUAAUGACCAAUAUCAGAAUCUACAUCAUCUCCGACACGCCAAAAACAGAGGGCUCCCAUGCACAGGACUUUCAAAAGCGAGUCGAGUGUGUUCGUGAAAUUGCGAAGAACAUCUCAAAUGGAAAAACAAUCAAAAAAAUUGAAAAAUCGACUUUACCUCAUCGUUUCAAAUGCCUUUUUCCUCCUGUAUAA